AUGCGUCUCUCCUCCCUCCUCCUCCUCCUCUUCACCUCCCUCCCCUCCUCCCUCUCCCUAACCUACAAAGCCGCCGACUUCACCUCCCUCCCCCUCAUCGAAUCCUCCGGGCACACCUACUCCGACAACGGCUCCACCAAACCCUUCGAGACCAUCCUCGCUUCGCACGGAUGUAAUACCGCGCGGAUAAGGCUGUGGACGAGCGGACAGUAUCAGUUGAGUUAUGGGCUUGCGUUGGCGAGGAGGGUGAAGGCGGCGGGGAUGACGUUGGUUGUGGAUUUGCAUUUUAGUGAUACUUGGGCCGAUCCGGGACAUCAGGCUAUUCCGUCCGGGUGGCCGACGACGCUGGACGGUCUUAAUACUCAAGUCUUCACUUACACACAAAGCAUCGUCCAAGCCUUUGCCGCGCAAGGCACGCCCAUCGAUAUCCUCCAAGUAGGCAACGAAAUCAACGACGGCUUCCUCUGGCCCGUCGGCCAAAUCUCCAUCAACGGCUUCUCCGGCGCCUCCCAAAUGCUUAACUCCGCCAUCAACGGCGCCAAACAAGCCGGCUCCUCCAUCCCGAUCCCAAAAAUAAUGCUCCACCUCGCAGACGGCUGGUCCUGGUCCGAACAAUCCUUCUUCUACUCCAGCAUCUUCAUCCCAGGCGAACUCUCCACCUCCGACCUCGACAUCCUCGGCGUCUCUUUCUACCCGUUCUACAACACCGCGGCCACACUCGCUGCUCUGAAAAGUAGCUUGACGAAUUUGGCGGGGUUGAUGGGGAAGCCGAUCGUGGUGGCGGAGACGGAUUGGCCGGUGAGUUGUGAGGGGGUCAGUUUGAGCGAGACGGGGAUUGCGAUCUCGAUGGCGGGGCAGGAUACGUGGAUUGAGGAUGUUGAGGGGGUUGUGGCGGGACUCCCGAAUGGACUGGGGCAGGGGAUCUUUUAUUGGGAGCCUGGUUGGAUUGGGAAUGCGGCCUUGGGUUCGGGUUGUUCGGACAACCUCUUGGUUUCAUCUACCGGCGCAACGCGGGCCUCUAUCGACAUUUUCACGCAUAUGUAA